AUGGACGUCGAGGUGAGGCCUCGUAAAAGAAGACGUUUCUUCGUCGACGACCAUGACGACACACUUGAGCAAGACACAGCCACAUCCUCGGUGAAUGUCUCCAGCAGACCUACCUCCGCCACCUCUUCCAAUGGCAACGACCGUCUGUCGAGUCAAACAGAUGCCGCGGAUCUUCAGAAUCCGAGCGAACAAGAAAACUCCACAACCUUCGAUGCAGACACAUUUUGCGCGUUCAUUGGCGAGACUGUCAGUCAAGAUGUUGUUGAUCAAGUGCAGACUGCGGCGAACGGAGACUUGGAGCGGGCCAUCAACAUGUACUUCGACGGUUCUUGGAAAUCUGCUGUCAUCGAUAGCGAUUCAUCCAAAAGACCCAAGGGAGUUGCAGGCUGGCUUAGCUCGUCUAACAAGGUCUCGGAGGCGCCACCCAAGAGAGUCGAGGUUUUACCCAACGAACCAGCUCUACCGACGGCGCUCCUAUGUUCAAUGCCAAAAGAGCGAUAUGUCGGCUCAUUUGGAGUAGCGGCAUGGAUGACCAAAAGUGGUUCAAAUCUCCUAGGCCAUGGCGAAGCUGUCCGGAUAGAACGAACUAAGCUCGCUCCAAAAACCAAAGUUGGCAGAGGUGGAAAGUUAGUGCCUUUGAUAGGGCGAAAUCAAAAGGUGGAUGUGGUGACCAGGUUUACCAACUCCAAAGGAGAGGAAUUGGGUCGCUUACCAGAAGAGACUGCUUCUUGGGUGUCGUCUUUGCUAGAUCAGAAAAUUUGCUGGUUUGAAGGAACUUGUGUAUAUGCUCCUGAUCGUGUCCGCGUCAACGACACCGUCUACCUUCAAUUACGUGCUUAUUUACUCAAGUCCGCUUUUGAAGCAAGCGCAUUUGUGGCACCAAUGGAUGACAAUCGAGCUACAGGCUUUUUCGAAGAAAAGGAGAGUGGUGAGGAGAAGGAUCUUCGCUUAAGACAAGUAGGCCUGGUCAAACUUUUCGAAGAGGUUAACUUGAAUCCCACCACAACAAAUGAAACCACCGCUAGGCAUAAAAAACAAGGCCUACUGAAAGCUGCAGAAAUGGCAGAGCAGUAUGAAAAGGACAAGACCUCGAAAGGGAAAACAUCGAAUCCUACCUCCGAUGAUGAAGAAGAGGGCGAAGAAUUGGAGGAAGACCAACUGGAUGCCUUGUAUCAGAAAGCACAGUCAUUCGACUUCAGCACGCCUGAGGCUGAACCUGUCUCGACCUUUGCACUCGAGUUGAGGAAGUACCAGAAGCAAGCUUUAUAUUGGAUGCUUAGGAAAGAAAGAGAUGAAAAAUCCUCCAAACAACAAUCUAUGCAUCCCCUGUGGGAAGAGUAUACCUGGCCAACGAAAGAUGCAGAUGACAAGCCAGUAGCACAAGUUGAGGGUCAGGAGAAGUUCUACGUCAACCUCUAUUCUGGUGAAAUCAGCCUCGAAUUUCCUGUCCAAGAACAAAAUUGUCUCGGCGGUAUUCUGGCGGACGAGAUGGGUCUCGGAAAGACCAUCGAAAUUUAUAGUCUCAUCCACUCCAACCGAUCGGAAGAAGACCUCAGAGCUAAUGAUAAGACUCUCACAUCAGUCAAUCACUUGCCGCGUCUACCACAGUCGUCAAGUGUGGUGGAACCAGCCCCCUGCACGACAUUGGUGGUGGCGCCAAUGUCCUUGCUUGCUCAAUGGGAGAGUGAGGCGGUGAAAUGUUCAAGGCCAGGUACACUGAAGACCAUGGUAUACUAUGGCAGCGAGAAAGCGGUCAAUUUACAAACCCUGUGUUCCGCCGCCAAUGCAAGUUCGGCACCAAAUGUCAUCAUUACCAGUUAUGGUACAGUGUUGUCGGAAUUUGGCCAGGUCACGGCUUCAGGAGGUGAUCGCGGUUCUCAUGGAGGCUUAUUCUCUGUUGCUUUUCAUCGAGUUAUUCUAGAUGAAGCUCAUACUAUCAAGAAUAGACAAGCUAAGACUUCCAAGGCCUGCUACGAGCUGAAAGCGAAACACCGGUGGGUUUUGACCGGUACGCCCAUUGUCAACCGUCUGGAAGAUCUGUUCAGCUUGGUGAGGUUCCUUAAGGUCGAGCCAUGGAGCAAUUUCUCCUUCUGGAAGACCUUCAUCACAGUUCCCUUCGAGUCCAAGGAUAUUGCAAGGGCGCUCAAUGUAGUCCAGACUGUACUAGAACCCCUAGUGCUCCGUCGGACCAAGGACAUGAAGACUCCGGAAGGAGAAGCACUCGUACCUCUACCUUCGAAAACCAUCACCGUGGAGGAGGUGGAGCUCUCGAAGACGGAGCGAGAAGUCUACGACCUCAUCUUCACUCGGGCGAAACGUGCCUUUAACGAAUCACUACAAGCAGGCACCUUGCUCAAGUCGUACACCACCAUCUUUGCCCAGAUUCUACGUCUUCGCCAGUCGUGUUGUCAUCCUGUAUUGACGAGGAACAAGGAUAUUGUCGCAGACGAAGAAGAUGCCGCUGCGGCUGCCGCAGCGGACGUCAAUGGCUUCGCUGAUGACAUGGAUCUUCAGGAUCUCAUCGAUCGCUUCACGACCGACACAGAUUCGGCCGAGAAGGAGAACAAGGACCCAAUAACAACUUUCACGACGAACGCCCUAAAACAAAUCCAGGACGAGUCCAGUGGCGAAUGUCCCUUGUGCUACGAAGAACCAAUGAUCAACCCAGCAGUCACGACUUGCUGGCAUAGUGCUUGUAAAGAUUGCCUUGAGAAAUACAUCACCCAUCAGACAGAAAGGGGAGAGUCUCCUCGUUGCUUUUCCUGCCGCGAAAACAUCAACCCGCGUGAUGUGUUCGAAGUGGUCAAGUACAAUAAUAGUCCAUCCGAGUCCUUUGAUUCGGAAGGCGGCGACCUCUACUCGGCAGGCGAUGCUGCUGCUCCCAAGCCCCCCAAGAUUUCUCUGCGGAGGUUGCAUCCUUAUUCCCCCACGGCGUCGACAUCGGCAAAGAUCGCCGCCUUGUUGAACCACCUGUCCAAACAGCCAAAGGGCACCAAGUCAGUCGUCUUCUCGCAGUUUACCUCGUUUCUCGACCUCAUUGCCCCGCAACUUUCCAAGCACGGAUUUGAGCACCUCCGCUUCGAUGGAACCAUGUCUCAAAAGGUUCGGGCCCAAGUCAUCCGGGCGUUCAACGCCGAGAACGCCUCGGACCCCAAGGCUCCCCGAGUUCUUCUCCUGUCGUUGCGCGCAGGUGGUGUAGGCUUGAACUUGACUGCCGCGAGCCGUUGUUACAUGAUGGACCCCUGGUGGAGUUUCGCGGUCGAGGCACAAGCAAUAGACCGCGUGCACAGAAUGGGCCAGACUCAAAAAGUGGAAGUCGUACGGUUCGUCACAAAGGAAAGCAUCGAAGGCAGGAUGCUGCGUGUACAGGACAGGAAAAUGGCGGUUGCAGGGUCGCUAGGCGUCGGACAAUCUGGUGCCGGUCAAAGUGAAGAGGAGCGGAAGAAGAGACGGAUCGAGGAGCUCGAGAUGCUCUUGGGCUGAGAAAGGUUCUAGCUCAAGAUCAAUAAGUGUCUGCUUAUCAUCUAUAGCGUGAUUAUAG